CAUGAAAUUGGGAGUUCUACAAGCAUGAAUACAACUGAGAAAGCGCCGGUAAUGGAAGACAAGCCGAAGCCAAGCGUUGGCCGCAAACGCGGUCGGCCUCGAACUGUAACGGAUGAUCAAGAAGUGCCAGAGAGACGCCGCAAACAAUUACGGCUAGCGCAACAAGCGUAUCGCAAACGAAAGGAGAAUACGAUCGGUGCUUUACAGAACCGCGUACACGAACUAGAGAAUGGCAUCGAGAGUUUGGGCCAAUCGUUCCUCUCUUUUAGUAGUAUUCUCCUAGAAGAGCAGCUACUUUCGCAAUACCCACAAAUUGCCGUGGCCCUACAGGACAUCACGCGGCAAUGCGUGUCCCUUGCGAAGACCGGAAGCGAUGAGUGGGUAGAGGGCGCUCUGGUCCGACCUACAAUAGCAAAGGAUGCUCCAGUCAAGACCGCCACUACCCCAGAUAAUGAUACACGACAGGUCUCGAUAUUUGAUAUCCCCACAUCAGAUACCUCGACAGAUGUCGAGGAUAUUAUCCGGUCGGCAGCAAAAAGCUGGCCUGGACCUCCCACCCCACCAUAUCAAGACCAAGCCGUCCUACCAUUCGGCAUCGUCAUGCCGCCACCUACUGAUCUAUUUUCCUAUACACCGCCACUAUCGAGCUCUUCAUUAACAGAUGAAACGGACUCCAAUACAAUAUUACUAGACCAUCACUGGACUAUCGCACAACGUCUAGUCCGGACGUGCUGUCAUAUGGGAUAUCGCCUCCUCGUCGACCAACCAAAUCACGAUAGAAUCCCGGAGAUAUUCGGGUCUGCGCUUAGCACGGUUGAACGUAAUCGUCUCAUUUCAGGUUUCUACGCUGUCACACAGGACAAGACUGGCGCCGUAACAGAUGUCAAAGCCAAUGUGCUCAGCUUUUUGCGGGCUAGUAUGGAGAACUUCUCGGAGGGACAACUGCAGCUGUCGUCUAGGGUCCGGCAGAUUGCGCUUGAGUCGGCGUCUGAUUCUUGGAUGGAUGCAAAUGGGGUACAAAAGUACUUACGGGAAAAAAGAUACAUUGUUGAUGACUUCUCGGGUUCUUCUGGUCGUCUUGGUUAUUCUGUCUCGUCGUCGCUUGAUCUACCAGCCUUUAUUAAGGCCCUCUCGGGUGACUCGGUAUGUGUUGGAUAUGGACCGACGUUCCGACGGCAAAGCGUGGAAAAGGCUCUGCAUACGGCCACUCUCAAUGUGUCCUGGGGGUUUGAUAAUAUUUGUGACAUUUAAUGACGUUUUAAUCUGUAAUAUAGUAAUAAAAAUAUGAAC